AUGUUUUUCUUUUCGCGACUGCCAUCAUAUGUUGGGAUAACGGUUCUAUUUCUUUCUCUUAUAUACUUGUACCAAAAUGGCGCUAUUAUUCACUCAAACUCGGAUUCUAAUGAGUAUUGGACUACUCUCCAACAAAAGUCUGGGGACCAGUUCAGCCAACUGAAAUCUCAAUACCAUCUGAGACCGACUUCAAGCAUCUCAACAACAGUCUCCCUCAAGCCCAAUCUUAUUCUCAGCGCCAUAGAUGGACCGAGUUGGCAGGACCAAAUCUUUAUCUUCAUGCAAUCACUUGAAAUUGCAGUCAGCGAAGAAGCGCUUCAACGGCAGCGCAGCAAUAGUUGCCCUGCGGCUCCAGUACAGGUGAAAAUCAUUGUGCCAGAGAACCUGGCUCAAGACCUCCCUAGUGGCUUCCAAGCGUUGAAGCAAAGAUACCCAUCCUUGGAUUUCGUCGGCAUUCUGCCAGAGAUCAAGGAUGUUGCGGUCGUGCUACGACGAUUUCAAGGUUGGUCAGACUACCUGAACCAGCAUGAAAAACAGUAUGAAAGAGUCCUGGCAUGCGACUUAGAUGUAGUCUUCCAACGAAAUCCCUUCAGCAUGGACAUGAAAACCAAUGUUGAGUUGCUCUAUUUUGCUGAAUGGGCAGGACUCAGAAUUGGCCAGUGCUCAGUUCACGUUGGAUGGUUCAAUCAAUGCGCGAGUCCUGAGACUGAUUCUUUCGUCUCGCCUCAGCAGACGCUCAGUUACAUGCAUAAAAAUCGUAUCUGCGCCGGUUCCGUCUACGGGACAGCACGAGCGAUCAAGGUGUACAUGGACACAAUGGCUUCUCAGUUGAAAGUCUCACUCUAUCGAUGCAAUGACCAAGCGAUGCAUAUCCACAUCUACUACUCAAAUCUCUUGGAUAAGGAGCUGCGACACAACGGUGUUGGAAAGGCCGAACUUGUGCCCAACGAUGAAGCACUCUUUGGUAGUGUGGGUACUACGCCCAUGGUCACAUUUAACGAAUGGGGUGAGAUGUUGAACGAAAAGGGCGAGGUUCAAGUCGGUGUCCAUCAGUACAAAACUCAUUCACUUCUAUCAGACAUUGUGUGGAGAAAGUUCGGAUGGUACGCCGAGGUAGGGCAGAGUGGUGCGAUACCUACUAUAGCCCGCUUAGCUGAAGAAGGUGAGAAGGUUUCAACAUUAGAACCCGAGAAGCAGGAAAGCGGUGGCGCGGAUUCGACUCAUACGGAUGCAGAGCAUGAUCUGAGGCAUGCCGAAAAUGAGAAGGAAGACGCGGAUGCCACUUCUUACACGCAAUACCGCCUGUUGAAUGUGUCGGAAUCGAGUUGUGGAAAGCACUCGUCGUUGUGUUCAUGCAAGUAUGAUGACUGCCAACCGCAUUAUGAUUAUUACUAG